GCUUUACGGCAGGAGGGCGCGCAACCUGCCUGCAGCAGCCAGCCGGGUGGCGGGGCGGUAGCGGGGAAGCGUCGGUGGGGGGUGGGGACGCGGGACUGAUCUUCCCCUUGGCCAGUGUCUGCCUGACCGAACCCCUCCUCCUCCUCCUGCUGCUCCCCCUACCCAGCAGAAGCCAUGGUGAGUGUGCGGGGAGAGCCGCGCCCGCUCGCUGUCCUGGCCCUCCUUUCGGAAAAGGCCUCCCCGCUUGGGGCGAGGGGUCGCGGGGUGGGGUGGGGAGAGGGGCUUCCGGCAGCUAUGGCUGUGCUCUAUAGCAUGGGGAGGCAAGCCAAGGCCCGGGGGCCGGAUACUGCCCAAUCGCCCUCGAAAUCCGGCCCGCGGACGGUCCGGGAAUCAGCAUGUUUUUACAUGAGUAGAAAGUGUCCUUUUAUUUAAAAUGCAUCUCUGGGUUAUUUGUGGGGCAUAGAAAUUCGUUCUCCCCCCCCCCCCCAAAAAAAAUAGAUAGAUAGAUAGAUAGAUAGAUAGAUAGUCCGGCCCCCCACAAGGUCUGAGGGACAGUGGACCGGCCCCCUGCUGAAAAAGUUUGCUGACCCCUACUCUAUAGGGUUGCCACCUUUGUCCUGGCAAAAUAAGAGGGGGGGCGGGGGCUGGUUUGUUUUGUUUUUCCACCUGAAGUAACCUCAAAGCAAGCCAUUGCAGCCUCACAGGAUGGGUCCCCUGGAAUUCGUUGCACAUGCAUGUGCGGAUUUGAAAAUCUGUCUGUGCUUAGCUACCCAGAGCUGAAAUACAUGACCUUUCAACACACCCUUUCAAACGCAUGCAUUUGGAGAGGAUCCCUAACUUGGGAGAGAGAGAGAGGACGUGCAUUGCAGGGGGUUGGACUAGAUGACCCUGGGGACCCCUCAAACUCUUCAAUUCUAUGAUGUACAGGAUAAAACUAUCAAUACAGGACGUAGCAUUUUGGCAUUGAAAUAUGGGACAAUCCUGCAUUAUACAGGACAGGUGGCAACUUUGGCUCUGCCCUUCGCAGUUGAAGGCAGCAAAUGUUUCUGAAUGCCCCAGUUGCUGGAAACCACGAGAGGGAGGGGAGAAGAGUGCUCUCGUGCCGGAUCCUGCAUGUGGGUUUCCCAUCUGGCUGGCCGCUGUGAGAGCAGAGCCCUGAGACCUGCUGCCAUAUCAGGCGGUAUACAAAUUUAAUUAACAACAGCAUGCUGGACUGGAUGGGCCACUGGGCUGAUCCAGAAGCCAGACUCUUCCAGUCUUCUUAUGAUUUGCUGCAAUUCGUCCUUUCUUCCCUUUCAAUUUACCUUUCUUCUGAAAUAAACCUUUUCUCUCUCUCCCCCUCUCUCUGCUUCGUUGAGCAGAGGGAAUGGUGGCUGUCUUUUCUGAACAGCUGUGUGUGUGUGUGUGUGUGUGUGUGUAAGUAAUUUGACCUUUCAUUUUGAAGAGGUAGGCGCAGGGAGCAUGCACGGGAGCUGCACCAAAAAUAUGAUAUACGGAAGUAAGCACUGGGCUGGCCCCCUGAUGUAUGCGCCUUGCAGCUCAAUGCUGUACUUGCUUACUCAAAAGUAAAUCUCACUAUCUGUGCCCAGUGACACUUCCAAGAAAGUGUGCGUAGGAUUGCAGCCUUAGUCUGGAGUAAUAUGAACUUGGAUUAACAGCCAACUAUUUUCAAUUUCCCAGCGGUGGUACAGGUAGCUGUGUUAGUCUGUUGCAGCAAAACCAGAAAAUAGUCUUUUGGCACCUUAAACGCUAAUAUUUUUAUCCUUGUACACAUACUAAGCUGGCUUCCUUCCACAUUGUGUGGUUUGAAAUUGGUAUCCACUGAAAAAAAUCUUCAUGUAAAGACUUGCCCAAAAAAAUCUUUAUUCUGAUUGUGGUAUUUCUUAUCAAUCUAGAUAUGAAGGGGCUUGUGUCUGUCUGAGGGAGGGGAGUAGUUCUCUAAGGCUACGUAUAUGGGGGCAUAGGUCACUGGAAUUUCUUUUUUCAAGGCAGCUAAGGGUUGGGAGGGAGAGACCAAAAUUGCUGGUCAUUGCUUUUUCAGACCAGUCAUACUAAUGGUUUUAACCACAAUUUUUGGUCUUUGAGUGUUUGAUUUGUCACAGCUGGAAACAGGAAGCUACACUAGAUCAGGGAUAGGGAACUAGUAACCUUCCAGAUUCCCAGACUCCCAGUUCUCAUGAGCCCCAACCACUAAGGCAGUGUUUCUCAAACUUUGGUCUCUAGCUGUUGUUGGACUACAACUCCUAUCAUCCACAGCUAGCAGGACCAGUGGUCAGGGAUGAUGGGAAUUGUAGUCCCAACAUCAGCUGGAGACCCAAGUUUGAGAAACCUUGCACUAAGAGAUGAUAGACAUUUAGUCUAGCAACAGAACUAGACCUAUAACAUACUCCUUCUAGGACAGUGUUGAGGAAGUGGGUCCAGCUGGCAGGCCAGAUCCAGACCCCUUGAGCCGCAUAGGCCACUUUGAUAGGAGCGGCCCAUCUGUGAAUCAUCUGUUGUCACCAUAACAUGAGAUGGAGUGUUUUCCUUUGUGUCCGCAUGGUUGGAUAGAGAACUCGCCUUUGUUAGCUAAUGUGUUGGUUUUCCUGUACAAGAUAGAUCAUUCCUUGUAGAAGAGGUGGGACCCUCUGGCUCAGAAGCUGAAUAUAGUUCAUCAGGCCCCUUAGUCCAGCCUGCUGUACUCUUCCCCGGGUCACACACCCUCUUCCCAGGUCACACCCCUGACCAGCUACACAGUUUAUGGGGGAAGUGAUCCUAACAGCUUAGUUAGGAUGUGCCCUUGAAUUUUGCUGAUUCCUCUUGCUUAAAUAAUGUGGAUGGGAGGGACUGUAAAUAUAUCUAUCAUUCAUGUUUCAGUAACUGCACUUAUCUCUUUGCCCAAGAAUAGCUGUUGCAGGAACGCUGUGUAUGGUUUCAAAUGCUAGAAGGGGUUGAAAGCUACCAAUUAAGGCUCUCUGUAGUGUGUGAGCAGUCUGUAUCCCAGGUAUCUUAUCAUUUUUCAGGCUGUUUUCUCUCCCUUUAUUUCCCAAGCCCACUGAGUCUCAAUAGCAUUAAUACUUAUGCACUGAAAUUACUGCUUUUUUCAUUUUCUGAUAUUGCCUCUCCUUCUCCCCACCCUCCUUUCUUAGGCUACUACUAUGAUAGCAGUCGGUCUGACAAUAGCUGCUGCUGGAUAUGCAGGUUUGUAUUUCUGUAUGCAGAAUUUUGUAUGCAGGCUUUAUUUCUGACUGCUUUGAAUAGUAUUGCAUUGUAAAUUGAUAGUAUCACUGUUGCUGAGUCUUUGACCUCACACACGAGAGCAUACAUCUGACAUUAAAAUCUGUGGCUUGUGGCAAAUAUUAAAUAAUAUAUUAGCAGGUCACCAGCUGUGCUUAUUUCUUUGUCCUCUUACUUUCCUGCCUGAGAACAGAACUCAUCUGACUGUUUUAGGAUUUACAUAAAUUGCAGGAACUUAACUCCCUCCUCCAGCUAUUGUUUUCAGAGUUUCUGCCCAAACAGUCCAUCACUUGCUUCAGGUAGCAGAGCUUAAUCAGCCUAGAGGGUCCUGUCCUACAAAUUUAGAAUCUCUGGUCUAAAUCUUAUUAUAAGUGCUUGAUUCUGACACUAGAAUGCCGUCCGAAAUUAUAACAAUUUUAAAUUUUCCUUUGAAGCUGCUGCAGCUUUGGUGAUCUUCUAGGACAGAUGGGGAACCUGUGGCUCCCCAGAUGUUGCUGAUCGAGACUCUCGUCAGUCCCAGCCAGUAUGGCCAAUGGUCAAGGAUGAUGGGAGGUGUUGUCCAACAACAUAUGGAGGACCACAGGUGCCCCAGCUCUGUUCUAGUGGGAAUACUAGCUGAAGAACAGCUGCCUUUGUUUUCUCUGUGUUGCUUAAACAUAGUGCAUAGAUAAAUCUUUGCCAGCUUAGUGCGCUUCAGAUGUUUUGGACAACCCCAGCCAGCAUGACAGUCAGGUUGGCAAAGGCUGACAUAAAUUAGAGUUUCAGAGAACUAGCUUCUGCUUAGUCUUAGAACUUGUAAACACAAGGAAAUAUACUCUUUCUCGGGUGUAGGUUAAUGAUUAAAUAUUGGACUUGUUUGUGAAAUCAUUAAUCCGAAACAGUGUUGUUUAUAUAAGUUAUUUCACUUUUUAAGAGCUUAAAUUGGGCUUUUCAGGGGGCUGUGACUUUUUACAAUAUAUUGCAAUUCCUUUUUUUUUUAAGUUUAUCUCUAACCAGGAGAACUAGAACCUUUUUUCUUUUCUUUUUAUAUAAAAAAGCUUGGAUUCUGAAAGGCUUAUAAAGCAAUAGAAUAAGUUGUUGGGUCAUCUGUAUAUGACCCAGCCAGUGCACAUAGCCCACCCCUGAUUUCAGUUAACUGUAGGGGGAUGGGAAAAUAGAUGGGGAAAAUAGAUGGGAAAAUAGAAAAAGAGCAACAAACUGGUUGUCCCAGGAAGCUGUAAAAGAUUCUUAUGUUUGUGAUUUGAUAAAUAUUAGGCUCUUCAAAAGUAGUGUGUGCAUUGUAUUUGUGGGCAGCUGCCUCUUAUAAUCAGGGCUGCGUCCUUUCAAUAUGCAAGUUGCAGGCAUGUAUCUUUGCAAAGCCUGUAGAGAAACUUCUGCUUCAGAUCUGCUCGUUCUGUGGUUGCCAUCAGCACUCCUAUAGAGUUCCCAGGAAGAAGAAUGAAAUAAGAAGCAGCAGCAAAAGAGAGUCUGGAAGCAAGCAGAAAUCACUACACCUCUGCACCCUCUUAAGCCUAUUGCACCAGUAGAAAGCUUGUUUGGAGGCACAAAAUGUCAUUCCAACUCUUUAGUGCUGGUCAGCCCUACCAACAGAACAUGCAGAUCACUCUCUAAGACUUAGUAAGUCUUCCUUUUCUUCAAGGUCGUUAUGCACUGCAAGCAAUGAAGAUAAUGGAACCACAAGUAAAGCAAGCUCUUCAGUCGCUGCCAAAAUCUGUGAGUUUGCUUUACUCAAUUUUCUUUUGCAGCCAUAUUAGUUGUUGUUUCUUUAAUACUUUUGUUUUUGUUUUCUUGUUACAAAAUUGUACACACAUAAAUAAUGAAACAUGACAUAGCUAACAAAAAAUGGGUCACUAGGGGAGUAAAAUACUAAACCAGGUGUGGCCAAACUUGGCCCUCCAGCUGUUUUGUGACUACAACUCCCAUCAUCCCUAGCUAACAGGACCAGUGGUCAGGGAUGAUGGGAAUUGUAGUCCCAAAAACAGCUGGAGGGCCAAGUUUGGCUAUACCUGUAUUAAACAUACUGUUUUUCAGUACAUAAUAAUGAGGUGAUUACAGUAAACCAGUAAAAUGACUUCUUCAAUAAAUCUGUUUGGAAAACACAGAGCAAUAGGCGUGAGCUAAUGAGUAGUGCCUGCUUAUACGCCAUAUUGUAAUAUAUGUUGUAGGCAUUUCUCUUAACUUGUUUUUUCUCGCCCCUUGCCACCUUCAAAGUUUGCGACAGAUUUUCCAUUAUGGCUGUUUCCCAGACUGUAUUAUGCCAGUAAUCAAUCUUCAUUAAUUGCCAGGUUUAGUUCAUUCCUUACUUCUUAAUUGGUCUACAUCUGAAGUAUAUAAAUUAAGGCUAAUGCUGGGGUUAUUGGGAUUGUCUGAGCUGCGGUCUGACAUAACUCUUUCAAAAAUUCCUUCCAAAAUUGUUCUAGUUAUGAACAUUCUCUCCUUUUCCCCCCCAAGGUGUCCUGAGAUACGUUGGUCCCAGAGAGCCAUAACUGGUUGAUUUUCAACAGUUAUAUUUACACAUUCCUAAGUGCUCUCCAGAUCUCAUCCUUUUUUUAAAAUCUAUGGAAGCAUAUAAUAAUGCCUCUUGGAGGAGCUGAAACGUGCAGACAAGUUAAUAGAGCUCUGUGGGGUCUUUCAGUAUCCUCUUGGAAUAGGCACAUAUUAAUCAUUUUAAGUCACUAGACUUUAAAGUCCACAAUGUGGUUAUUUUCUGCCCCUUCUGCGAAGCCCCUCAAGCUAAAGUUAACCUUUUUUAAGUCUGUUUGAAAACCUUCCAGCUUUGAUUUUAUAUCCAUAUUCUCUUUUAAGCAGUUUAAAAAGUAUUUUAUUUAGUAAGCUUAAAUCCAUUGCUGCUUACACCGUUUCCACAGUUCCAAAUAAUUUUUCUGGCAGUGCAUUUGCCUUAUCUAUGAGGAGUCAUCGGUUUGUGGUGAGAAUUUAUUUCUACACCACUUGUUCUUAUGCAGGUGAGUGAACACCUUUAAAUAAAACACGGAACCAAGAGAAUACAACAAUAUCAGCGUCCUGUAGGGAUCCAGUUUAUUAAAACCAUUGCAGUAGAACAGCCUUGCUAACAAGUUGUUCAGCAGAACUGCUAGUUAGCAAAGACUGCCACGGGGCACAAUAGAAGAAAACUUAUACAGUGGUACCUUGGCUCUCGAACUUAAUCCGUUCUGGGAAUCCGUUCUACUCCCGAAACUGUUUGAAAACCAAGACGUGGCUUCCGAUUGGCUGCAGGAGCUUCCUGCACUCAAUCGGAAACCGCAGGAGCUGUGUCAGACGUUCGGCUUCCAAAAACGUUUGCCAACCAGAAGACUUACUUCCGGGUUUGCAGCGUUCAGGAGCUGAUGUGUUCAACAACUAAGCCAUUCGGGAAACAAAGUACCACUGUAUAGGGAUUUCAAACACAGACUACAAAGGGUCAUAAAACAUCAAAACAUAUUUAAACAUCCUUCUACUUACAUCAAGAAAGGUUACAGGUCAUGGGAUGCAUGGCUCCAUACUGAUAUCAACUCACCUGCAAUUACCUUGGGGUUCCCAGACUGUUUGGGUCUCAGAUGUUGCACUUCUAACAGUUUCCUUGGCAACCAGGUCUUCAGCAGUGUUUAUGAUCAUUCCAGUCCCCUAUCUUAACUUCCCUGUUCCCAAAACAUGUCAAAGAGUUUCAAGGAGAGAUGCUGGAUUUGCACUACAGUGUUUACUCAAAACAGACUUAGGAAAACAUCCUUCAUGGUCAUUUGUGCCAUUUUCAGGGUUAGACAGGAUUUCUUGUUUAUGGCCUAGAGAGCACAAGGGUUGCAAAAUGCAGGCACACAGGAACCAUUUAUUGAUGCAUUCUACCUAAAGGUUAAACGCAAUUAAUAAUGAAGCAGUUAUAUCAAAAUCCGUAUCAAGAAUCUUAAUAUCUAACAAAAUAUCAAAAUUUUUACAUCAAAUUCCUUCCAUGUUUCUGAAAUCAUUUCUUUAAUGUGGAUACGUUGAGCUACAAAUUAUUCUCUCAGCACUGCAUCGCUAUCUUUUUCUGCCAUGGCUUCUGCAGUCUUUAUCAGGCCAGGCUCCAAGUUAUGUCUCUGCUGAUUCAUAAACUCCUCUGCUUUAGGGCUGUCAAACUCCUUUUUUUUUUUUAAUGAUAUUUAUUAAGGUUUCAAAGAAAAAAUUACAUAAAUAAAAAGAAAAGAAAGAAAGAAAAAAAUAAAAAUGAAAGAAAAAUACAAAAUACAGAAAAAAGAUAAGACACUUAAAAAAACACAUCAUUCUUUCCAUGCCUUACAUUCAUUUCCUUGCUUCCCUGACCUCCUCACACCUCCCUUUUUUGUAUUCCAGUUCUAUUGGUUAAUUCAGCAAUUCCUUUCCCUCUUUGUUUUGAUCUUAAACCUUUAACUUAAUAUAUUAUAACUUUGGAUUUUCACCUGUUAACAAUCCAUUUUUACAUACACCUUUAUAACAUUGCUGCUUAAACCACUUAACUUCAUUCUGACAUCAUUCUAACAUUCAUUAAUUUUGCAGUAUUUCUGUAAAUAGUCUUUAAAUUUCUUCCAAUCUUCUUCCACCGACUCUUCUCCCUGGUCUCGGAUUCUGCCAGUCAUUUCCGCCAAUUCCAUGUAGUCCAUCACCUUCAUCUGCCAUUCUUCCAGAGUGGGUAGAUCUUGUGUCUUCCAAUACUUUGCAAUAAGUAUUCUUGCUGCUGUUGUGGCAUACAUAAAGAAAGUUCUGUCCUUCUUUGGCACCAUUUGGCCAACCAUGCCCAGGAGAAAGGCCUCUGGUUUCUUCAGAAAGGUAUAUUUAAAUACCCUUUUCAUUUCAUUAUAAAUCAUCUCCCAGAAAGCCUUAAUCCUUGGGCAUGUCCACCAAAGGUGAAAGAAUGUACCUUCAGUUUCUUUACAUUUCCAACAUUUAUUAUCGGGCAAAUGAUAGAUUUUUGCAAGCUUGACUGGUGUCAUGUACCACCUGUAGGGGCUGUCAAACUCCUGUCUCUGAGGAUUUUCUCCCACUCUAUUUAGACUUCUAAAUGUCACGAAAGCAUGUGUGCACAUACAAGGAAAACACACAGGUGUGUUACAACAGUGAGUGUUUUGCACAAAGUUUACAAUCACAUUCCACCGGGCAGUUCUAAAUUUCCCCUUAAAAAGAGCCCUGCACCACAAACCAUAUUUUAAAAAAUGCUUUGCAGUCCUGCAGUGUACUUGAAAGUAGGUCGUGUUGAUUCUAAUGGAUUUACUUCCAGAUCAGUGGAGUUAGGCUUGCAGUCUAAAUAUUUGGGAAUCUGAUGAAUUCUCACAGUGCAAUGUUAUCCCAUGCAAUUGGUGUGUUAUAUUCUCAGACUUGCUCUCAUGUGCAUCAUUGUUAUUUCUCGAGUCUGAAGCAAGGAAGCAGCUUUUGGUUGUUGAGUUGAGGCGGUUUUGUGUGGUUGAAGUCAUUAAAAAAAUAUUAUGGGUAGGGGCCUCAAAUACAGGAAAUGGUCUAGGCCUCUCUAGGCACUGCACACACUAGUCAGGAAGCUAGACAAGAAUGUUAUUAUUUCUCUUAAACAAGAACAGAACCACCACAGGUAGCUGACUAGAUGCAACUGUUUCUAGUACCACCUAGUGACUCAACCAAAUAAGGAUGCUAGUCACACAGUUAUCUUGCUCAUUUUGCAUAAUGCUUUUUUUUUUUAAUGCAUCUUAUUUUAGGCCUUCAGUGCCUACUACAGAGGAGGAUUUGAACCCAAAAUGACCAAGCGGGAAGCUGCUUUAAUAUUAGGAGUGAGGUAAGAAAGAAUUUCAGGUUUUCAAAGACGCAGGGGCCCAACAACUCUUGGUGACUUUCUCUGGUGUAUGCUUGGUAUAUGAAAUUUCAGAGUCAAUCAGAUUCAUUUGUCCCAAACCAUUGAGCAUCACAAAAGUGAAGUUAGGCUGAGGUACGUAAGUGUUCUCCAACAUUUUGGGUCCUGUGUUAAAGGUAGGGCUUGUCUAGUUGAAGAGAAGAAACAUACCAGACUGCAGAAGCAUCCUGGUCAUUCCCCGAGAGUGAAAAUGAGAAAUUGAGCCUUUAGUGUCAUUGGCCCAGUCUCAUGGAAAGAUCUGUGAGUAGAGAUUCAGCAGUCGUCUUCUGAAAACUUGUACACCCCCCAGGCCUAUGCAGGUACCCCGCCCCCCAUGGUCUGUUGAUGUUUCUUUAAUUUCUUUCUUUGCUUUUAACUUGUUUUUAACAUUUUAUGCUAUUGUUCGAUUCUGGUUUUAUAUCAUUAUAAACCACUGUGAUAUAUUUUUACGAUACAGCGUUAUAUAAAUACUUUAACAAACAAAUAAAUUGUUAUUUGAGUAUGUAACACACCAGCAAAAGAAAUAACAAUAGAAGCAGGGGAGAAAACAUUUUAUCUGUCUGUUCAUGUAGCCACAAACUAAUCAAGUGGGAGAGACCAUUUCUUUUUGUGCCUGCUGCUGGAAUUUUGUAAAUAUUGUGGAAUGCGCAUACAACUUUUUAGUUAGGGCUGCAUUGCAAGAAUGCUGUGUGUAACUCAUUAAUAGUGAUGUUUGAAUGUCUGAUACAAGUGGGCCAAGUUAGCAGCAGCCCAUCCCUGAUGACAGAUAGGUUGCUACUUUUGAACAUACCUGGAACUGAUUUUUGUUGUUUUUGUUUUAACCACUAGUCCUACAGCUAAUAAAGGAAAAAUCAGAGAAGCUCACAGACGAAUCAUGCUCUUGAAUCAUCCUGAUAAAGGUAAAUGAGAUAAAUUUUGACAUUUGUCAGUGUUUGUUUAGUAUGAGACCGUGCUGCAAAGUCAGAUGGGAAGUCUUCAAGUGUUGUGCCAAGGAGAAAAUGUGAUGUUUUCUGGUAGGUGUGGAAGGGCCCUCUUUCGGGUACUUUGCUUGAGUGUAUAAAAAGGUAAAGGGACUCCUGACCAUUAGGUCCAGCCAUGACCAACUCUGGGGUUACGGCGCUCAUCUCCCUUUAUUGGCCGAGGGAGCCGGCGUACAGCUUCCGAGUCAUGUGGCCAGCAUGACUAAGCCGCUUCUGGCGAACCAGAGCAGCGCACGGAAAUGCUGUUUACCUUCCUGCCAGAGUGGUACCUAUUUAUCUACUUGAACUUUGACGUGCUUUCGAACUGCUAGGUUGGCAGGAGCAGGGACUGAGCAACAGGAGCUCACCCCGUCGUGGGGAUUCGAACUGCCAACCUUCUGAUCGGCAAGUCCUAGGCUCUGGUUUAACCCACAGCGCCACCCGCAUCCCACUUGAGUGUAUAGAGCAGCUCAAUUAGUAGAGUAUGAGACCCUUAAUCUCAGGGUUUGAGCCCCACAUUGGGCAAGAGAUUCCUGCAUUGCAGGAUGUUGGAUUAGAUGACCCGGGUUCCCUUUCAGCUCUAUAGAAUCAUAUUAAUAGAAUCAUGGAAUCAUGCUAAUAGCACAUCCUCUGAUGGGAUAAUUUUGUCAUUCUGAAGGUUCUCCCUAUAUCCAUCACCCUGAAAUGGCUUUUAUUCCUGUCAUGAUACAUAGGUGUAUAAAGGUAAAGGUAAAAGUACCCCUGACCGUUAGCUCCAGUCGUGGACGACUCAGGGGUUGUGCGCUCAUCUUGCUCUGUAGGCCGGAGGAGCCAGCGUUUGUCCGCAGACAGCUUCCGGGUCAUGUGGCCAGCAUGACUAAGCCGCUUCUGGUGAACCAGAGCAGUGCAUGGAAAUGCUGUUUACCUUCCCGCCGGAACGGCACCUAUUUAUCUACUUGCACUUGAUGUGAUUCCGAACUGCUAGGUGGGCAGGAGCUGGGACCGAACAACGGGAGCUCACCCCGUCGCAGGGAUUCAAACUGCCAGCCUUCCGAUCAGCAAGCCCUAGGCUCUGUGGUUUAGACCAUGGCACGUAUCGAAAGGUUGGGACAAAUAAUUCCCUUUUGUGGUGUAUGACAUCCUUUUUUUUCCCCCUUUGCCAGGAGGUUCUCCGUAUGUCGCAGCCAAAAUUAAUGAAGCUAAAGACUUAUUGGAAGGUCAAGCUAAGAAAUGAAGACACACCACCUGAUCAAUGGCUUUAUUUUUAAAAUUUAUUCUUAUUGUUGACAAAAGAUGAAGUUUGUGCCAGGAGGGACUGUUUGCUCCAGUAUUGGUCAUAUCAUUCAUCUUUUUGCUUAUAUUUACAGACCUGAAUCUAUAUUCAGGUGAGAGCAAUGAGUUAGCAAGGUAACACCAACAUCCAAGACUGGGUUGCAAAAAAACCCCACAACCACCUUUUAAGUCUCAUCAUGUAGUGUUUUGAAAUAAUUUAUUUCAAAGUGUGGACAGUUGUACAAAUUGUCCUAUUAUAAAACGUCUAUCUGGUUUAUUCCCAUCAUGAAAUUCCUAGCUUUUUAUAAUUGCAAGUUUCAAAGCAAUAAAUUUGUUAGAAUAAUCUUACGUCUGUAAAACACUUACAUUGACCAGAAACAGAUCUGUGUCAAGGCUCUCUCCUUCUUUUGAGAUUGAACCCUUAAAACAGCUGCCAGGCAUGAGGACUGAAUUGAGACCUCCCCACAGUGUACCCUUGAAAGCAAGGAUGGGGGGAGCCUGUGGCCUUCCAUAUGUUGGACAUCAUGCUGGCUGGGGCUGAACUGGAGUUGAACAUCCUUAGUGGGGCCAUUGGUUCCGCAUCGCGUUUCAACAGUCUUAGUAACAAGAAAAACUUAACCUGUAUGCCAUCCCCUCUCUCAAAAUCUGCAUCUUUGAACAUCCUGAAACAUCAGUGAAUGCUGAAGAAUGGAAGAGCAUAAAUAAAGCAGCCAGAUCAAAUUCUGACAAGUCUUCUGGAGUUAUUUACUAUCCUACACCCAAGCAGUUACCUAUUCAGCUAUUAACGACAAACCUUUUCUCUAGAGAGUACCAUGCCUGUAUCCACAUUCUAGGUUUACCAAUUCCAUUAAAAAAUAAAUAAAAAGUGACCAUGUAGACCACAAAGAACCUUA